AUGAAACUCGAACCAAGAGAGCAUAGAAGAGCUGAAAACUACUUGGUCCAGUUUGCAGAUCAAUUGAAGCUUGGCCACCUUUACCUGGGAUACAAUAAAUACGGUCGCAAAAAGGUCAAAGCAAGAUCCAACAAAGCAGGUCGACCUCCUAAAACUGAGAAACUCCUCAUCGCACAAAAGCGAAGCCCGUCACCGGCCCGUUUGUCAGCCCGAAGGGAUGUGAAAGUACACAAAGGAAAAACAGCAGUUGUGAAGGCCAAAAAGGUAAAGCAAAUCACUCGCAAUCGAGUUGAGCCACCACUCUCCACUCUUCCAGAAGCAGUAACGGCCGGCAAGACUGCAGACGCGACCCCAACGCAGCCAACAGAUAAUAACACUAACGAAGAAGUCCUACCAGUGCGGAACCAUCGCGUUCCCCGCGCGCCUCGAACGAAGCGGGCACCCACUUUAGUGGCUAAUACGAGAAAAACCAAGAGCGCGAGCCGCGCCGCUUCCUCCCCACCGCCUCUCCCCGCCAACGAGGCGCCUUUGAUGCAGGGGAAGCAUCUGGUAAAGCCGACCAUCCGACUGAUCAGUGGGGAGAAGUACCAAUGCACGACCACAGACGACACACCCCUGCGCGAGUUCAAGACUAUGCUCCGUCGAUUAAAAGAUCCCAAAUUGAAGGAGACGAUGGGCCCUGGCGACGACGGCCACUCAACGCUCCUCGUGAUGAAUGGAGUGGUACUCGAUGGUGGGCCGGAAGCGAUCCUGAAGGAAUUUAACAUCACAGAUGAUUCAAUAAUUUACCUGUUCCCGUGA